UCCGAAACAGCAAUGGCGGACCAACAGCAACAUCUCAAAGACCCAGAAAUGGCGGAAGCAGAAAUGCAAAUUCUCAGAUCUAAAGCUACAGAACUUCUUCUCAGAGAAGAAUGGAACGACGCUGUUUCUACCUACACUCAAUUCAUCACCAUCUGCAGAAACCAAACCCCGAACACAAAUCUCCAUCUUUCCAAGCUUCAAAAAUCUCUCUGUUUAGCCCUUUGCAACAGAGCUGAAGCUCGAUCCAAACUCAGAAUUUUCGAAGAAGCCUUGAGAGAUUGCGAGGAAGCUUUGAAAAUCGAGAGCACCCACUUCAAAACUCUUCUCUGCAAAGGUAAAAUUCUGCUGAAUCUCAACAGGUACUCAUCGGCAUUGGAAUGCUUCAAAACGGCUCUGUUUGAUCCACAGGUAAGUGGAAACUCCGAAAAUCUAAAUGGGUAUGUCGAGAAAUGCAAAAAGCUCGAACAUUUGUCUAAGACUGGAGCUUUCGAUCUCUCUGAUUGGGUUCUAAAUGGGUUUCGUGGGAAAUCCCCAGAUUUGGCUGAAUUCAUCGGUCCAAUACAGAUUAAAAGAUCUGGGAUUAGUGGACGUGGGCUAUUCGCAACGAAGAAUGUAGACUCUGGAACUUUGCUGCUAGUAACCAGAGCAAUCGCUAUCGAAAGAGGGAUUUUGCCAGAAAAUUGCGAUGAAAAUGCCCAAUUGGUAAUGUGGAAGAAUUUCAUCGAUAAAGUCACAGAUUCUUCCACAAAAAGUACCAAAACAAAGAAUUUAAUUGGUUUACUCUCGAGUGGUGAAGCAGAGGAGGAUCUCGAGGUUCCUGAAAUGAGUAUCUUCAAGCCAGUAGAGGAUCACAUUAGCCCAAGUGAAAUGAGUAACAUUCUCAGCGUUUUGGAUAUCAAUUCCCUAGUUGAAGAUGCAAAUUCUGCUAAAGUUCUAGGCAAAAACAGAGAUUACUAUGGAGUUGGGCUAUGGAUUUUACCUUCAUUCAUCAACCAUUCAUGUAUCCCCAAUGCCAGACGCCUACACAUUGGAGAUCACAUUCUAGUCCACGCAUCCAGAGACAUAAAAGCGGGGGAAGAGAUCACAUUCACAUAUUUCGAUCCGCUUUCAUCAUGGAAAGACCGCAAGAGAAUGUCAGAGACAUGGGGGUUCAAUUGCAAUUGCAAACGGUGUCGAUUCGAGGAAGAAAUCAGCAACAAAGAAGAGAUGAAAGAGAUUGAAAUGGGAAUGAGAGGGGGAAUUGAAAUGGGGGCAGCAAUUUACAAGUUGGAAGAAGGAAUGAGGAGAUGGAUGGUGAGAGGAAAAGAGAAGGGGUAUUUGAGGGCUUCAUUUUGGGGAGCAUAUUUUGAAUUGUUUAGUUCAGAGAAGGCAAUGAAGAAAUGGGGAAGAAGAAUUCAAGGAAUGGAAAUGGUGGUGGAUAGUGUGGUUGAUGCAGUGGGGAGUGAUGAGAGAGUGGUUAAGAUGAUGGUGGAAAGGUUUAAGAGAAAUAAUAAUGAUAAUAAUGGUGGGGUUAUGGAAAUGGAGAAGGUUUUGAAGUUGGGAAGAGGUGUUUAUGGGAAAGUGAUGAAGAAACAAGCUUUGAGGUGUCUUCUUGAACUUGGUGGCAGCCAUUAAUAUGGCCACUAGAGCUUUUGUAGCUAUUAGUUAUAUCACCCUUCUUUUUCAUUUUUUAUAUUUUCUGGUUUCUUCUUCCCAUUUGCUUCUGUUUUUUGAAGCUUUUAACGGGGCACAUAGAGUUGUUUUGAUUUUAUGGAAUCCUUUCCUUAAAAUUUAGAGGAACAUGGUCAAUAAAGAUUUAAACAACUUUGUUUUUUUUU